AGCCCGGCGCGUUCACGGCGGAGCCGCAGAUAAAAGCGGCUCCGGGGGCGGGCGGGACGGAGAGACUGAGCGCUGGUGCCGGGGCUGAGACUGGACACAGGCGAGCGGACACCGGACAGCCCUAGAUACCUGAAGAAGGGGUUUCGGGACGAAACGUCGCCUAUUUCCUUCGCUCCAUAGAUGCUGAUGCACCCGCUGAGUUUCACCAGCAAUUUUUGUGUACCUUCGAUAUUCCAGCAUCUGCAGUUCCUUUUUGAGCCCUAGAUACCAGACAGCGAGCAGAUCUGUGAUGGGGGCGGUGAGCGAGCUGGUCCCAUUUGCCCGGGAGAUACUGAGCCAGAAACCCAACAGGAAGAUGGUGAAGAUCUACGCGGUGGGCACGGCGCUGGCGCUGAUCGGCGCGGUGCUGGGCCUGCUGGAGACGGUGUGUUCACCCUUCACGCCCGCGGCCAAGGACCGCGAGUGGUCGCCGCGGAGCGCACGGCGGCACGGAGCACGGUGGGAAGAGCGGCCGGCGGCGAAGGGGACGGAGGAGUCCAGCCCGAUGCGUCGCCGCAAACACGCCUCGUGAUCACGCCCAACAGGGGCAAGGGCUGGCCAAGACCCAAGCCCAAGAGUCUCGGAGCAUGGUCGACAAUCGCUGCUGUGUAGCGGAGAUGUGUCUUUAUAUCAAAGAUUAUAGAGUGGAGCCAGAUGCGCCACUCAGCGAAAAAAGUGUAGUAUGACCUGUGUGAUUGUCGACGCCAUUUUACCGGGCUGCUCCCCACACUGUCGUGGCAUCUACAUCUACACAUCACUGUUCAGUAUAUGAUCUUUGAUCCGCUCUAUGAUCUUUGCUUAAUACCGUCCUGUGGACAUGUGUGUAUAUAUGGUGUUUGUGUGUAUAUAUAUACAUAAUAUACACGUUUGUAUAUACGGUGCAUUGCAUUUUUGCAUUCAAUAAACUGCCAUUGAUAUAUUUUUUUAAUCAAA